AGGUAUUGGAAGUAUUAGUUUCUUGAGAAAUAGUAUUACAUUUUGCAUUUCUAAAGAAACCGUUGUAUAUUUAUAGAUACAGGCUUGCUUGGCGUAAAACCAUCCACAAGUCUCUUUGGACAGCCAGUACUAACUGGUCAAAGUGAGUAAAAAUUUUCAUAUUUCAUUUCUCCUUUCUCCUCCCCCUUAACUUAAAAAGUACAAAACAUUUAUUUGAAGUUUAAUGAUGGUAGAAGUGACUAGCCCUUUUGGGACUCAGGGCUUGACAGGUGCCAGCUUGUUUGGCAGAACAUCCUCCACAAGUCCUUUUGGAGAGCCACCAAAUACUCAGAGUACGGGCUUGCUAGGCGGAACACCAUCCACAAGUCUUUUUGGACAGCCAGUACUAAAUGGCCAAAGUACGGGUUUGUUUGGCCAAACAACCUCUGCAAGUUCUUUUGGACAGCUACAAAAUACUCAGGGUGAGUAAAAAUUUUUAU